GGGAGGGAAGAGGGGGGGGGGUGUUGGUGGGGUAUCGUACGCGCCCACCCGCAGGUUUAUUGUGUGAAGCCGCCGUGUGUCUCCCGAGGCGGGAUGUCGAGCCGCGAAGAGGAGCGGAGGAAACUGGCGGAGAUCAUUAACCACUGGAAUGCCAACCGCCUGGACCUGUUUGAAAUCAGCCAACCCACGGAGGAUCUGGAGUUCCAUGGUGUAAUGAGAUUUUAUUUUCAAGAUAAAGUAGCAGGCAAUUUCGCAACAAAAUGCAUCAGAGUAUCCAGUACUGCUACAACACAAGAUGUCAUAGAAACACUUGCAGAGAAGUUCAGACCAGAUAUGCGAAUGUUGUCCUCUCCAAGAUAUUCACUUUAUGAAGUCCACGUUAGUGGUGAGGAACGAAAACUUGAUCCAGAUGAAAAGCCUUUGGUUGUGCAAUUGAACUGGAACAAGGAUGAUAGGGAGGGAAGAUUUGUUCUGAAAAAUGAAAAUGCCUUCCACCCACCAAAGAAGUCUCAGAGCAACGGUCCAGAGAAAGAGGGAGUAAUCCAGAAUUUUAAAAGGACACUCUCAAAGAAGGAAAAGAAAGAAAAGAAGAGGAGAGAAAAGGAAGCAUUAAUGCAAAUACAAGAUGGUGAUGAGAGGUCUAUUUCCAGGGAUGACGGUGAAUACUCAAGUUCACAUCUGGCAGCAGAGGUAUACAAAGAUAUGCCAGAGACUAGCUUCACCCGAACAAUAUCUAACCCUGAGGUGGUUAUGAAACGCAGGCGGCAACAAAAGCUAGAGAAGAGAAUGCAGGAAUUCCGUAGUGGUGAUGGACGACCAGAUUCAGGUGGAACUCUUAGGAUCUACGCAGAUAGUUUAAAGCCAAAUAUACCAUACAAGACAAUCUUGCUGUCAACAACCGACACAUCAGAUUUUGCUGUUAUAGAAGCUCUUGAGAAAUAUGGACUGGAAAAGGAAACCCCAAAGGAAUACUGUAUUGCACAGGUAGUUUUACCACCUGGUUCACACCAUUCUGAUGACAAAGGAGUUAAAGAGAUUAUUCUUGACGAUGAGGAAUGCCCACUUCAGAUUACUCAAGAUUGGCCAAGUGACAAAGGUACUUUAGUUUUCCAGUUAAGGAAACGACCACCUGAUUAUGUGAAGGCAAAAAAACAAAAGGAGAUGGAUGGGAAGCUAUUAAAAGGGAGAGAGGGGAAUGAUAAUUCAUCAUAUGGCACUUCAAUGCCUCCUGAAAAACUGCCUUACCUUGUAGAACUGAGCCCCGGGAGAAGGAAUCACGUUGCCUACUACAACUAUUAUCCAUGUGAAGAUGGUUCAGACUCCAGGGAUAAACCAAAACUCUACCGAUUACAACUGAAUGUAACUGAUGUUGGUACUGAAAAGGCAGAUGAGCAUUCUAUACAGCUUUUUGGCCCAGGUAUCCAACCACACCACUGUGACCUUACUAACAUGGAUGGUGUAGUUACGGUUACUCCCCGCAGCUUUGAUGCUGAAACAUAUGUUGAUGGUCAGCACAUUGCAGAGACAACCAUGUUACAAAGUGGUAUGAAGAUUCAGUUUGGGUCAUCACAUGUAUUCAAGUUUGUGGAUCCCAAUCACGAUCUUAUGAUCAAAAAAUCCAUGGACACAGGACCGAUGGUCAAAGAACACAGAAUUAAAUCUGGACAGGGUUCCCGUAGUGUCCAGGAAACUACGUUCGAUCUUGAUGGAGACAUUCACAGCGUUACAGGUUUACCUAUAAGCAAGAGUUCAGAUAGGUUGGAUAGUGAGCACACUACAUCAAGUUCCAGUUCAAGUGAACGUAACGUGGUGAAACCAAGCGUCAGAGUGGAGAAACCGGACUACUACAAACAGGAAAUCAGACCACAAGAUGCACAAGGUCAUGAGCUGACUCUGCCAGCAACUAUAGAGUUCCGCGAAAGUUCUGAAGAUGCCUUUCUUUCUGCUGUUGUUAACUAUACUAAUAGUUCAACUGUUCAUUUCAAGCUAUCUCCCACAUAUGUGCUCUAUAUGACAUGUCGGUAUGUCCUGUCCAACCAAUACCGGCCUGACAUGAGUCCUUCUGAACGCAUGCAUAAAGUUAUUGCAAUAGUUAACAAGAUGGUUAGCAUGAUGGAAGGAGUUAUUCAGGAUGUAGCACAGUAUGAACAGAAGCAGAAGAAUAUUGCAGGUGCACUUGCCUUCUGGAUGGCAAACGCAUCAGAACUUCUCAACUUCGUCAAACAAGACCGAGAUCUUAGUCGGAUCAGUCUGGAUGCACAAGAUGUCUUGGCCCAUUUAGUGCAAAUGGCUUUCAAAUUUUUAGUUCACUGUCUACAGUCAGAUCUCAACAACUAUAUGCCAGCAUUCCUUGAAGAUCCUGAGGAGGCAAACCCACAAAGACACAAAAUAGAUGAUGUCUUGCACACGCUGACGGGAGCAAUGUCUUUGCUGCGUCGAUGUCGUGUAAAUGCCGCUCUCACUAUCCAACUAUUCUCUCAGCUCUUUCAUUUCAUCAAUAUGUGGUUAUUCAACAAACUGGUCACUGAGACAGACUCAGGCCUGUGUUCUCAUUAUUGGGGUGCGAUCAUCCGACAACACCUUGGGCACAUUGAAACCUGGGCUGAGAAACAGGGCUUGGAACUAGCUGCAGACUGUCAUCUUAGCAGAAUUGUGCAGGCAACGACAUUACUAACCAUGGAUAAGUACUUAGCAGAAGAUAUUACAAGCAUCAGCAACACUUGCUUUAAGCUGAACUCACUACAACUGCAAGCACUGCUGCAAAGUUACCAUUGUGCACAGGAUGAACCUUACAUCCCUCAGGAGUUGAUUGAAAAUGUUGUAGCUUUGGCAGAGAGCACAGCUGAUGAGCUGGCUCGUAGUGAUGGUAGAGAUGUGCGAUUGGAAGAGGAUCCUGAUUUACAACUACCUUUCCUAUUGCCUGAAGAUGGAUAUUCUUGUGAUGUUGUCAGAAACAUUCCAAAUGGCCUACAGGAAUUUUUGGAUCCACUUAACCAGAGAGGCUUCUGUAGGCUAACGCCUCAUCCACGAUCACCAGGAACCUGGACAAUUUACUUUGAAAGUGCUGAUUAUGAUGUCCAUUUUCCACCUGAAAACACUGAGCUGACUGAUCUUAAUCGUAAAGAACCAGAAGUAAUUACAGUGACACUAAAGAAGCAGAAUGGGAUGGGCCUGAGUAUUGUAGCUGCUAAGGGUGCUGGGCAAGAUAAAUUAGGAAUCUAUGUAAAAUCGGUUGUGAAAGGCGGAGCUGCAGACAUAGAUGGGCGUUUGGCAGCAGGAGAUCAAUUGCUCAGUGUAGAUGGACGAAGCCUUGUGGGCCUCUCACAAGAAAGGGCUGCAGAACUUAUGACUAGAACAGGUUCAGUCGUCACCUUGGAAGUAGCAAGACAAGGAGCUAUUUACCACGUGGCCACACUGCUCAAUCAACCUUCUCCAAUGAUGCAAAGAGCCUCUGAUCGUCGUGGCGCAGGCAAGCCUCGUCCAAAGAGUGAAGGUUUUGAACUGUAUAACAAUGCUCCCCAGAAUGGCACACCUGAAAACACUCAAAUGGGUUGGAAUGAAUACACAGAACCAAAGAAAGUAUCUGGGGACGAGAGACUGAUGAAAAACCGAGCAGACCAUCGAUCGAGUCCCAAUGUAGCAAACCAACCUCCAAGCCCUGGGGCACAACCUGUAUAUUCCAGUGCACCUACCUCCAAAAUUCAGUCUGUCUCCACUGGAAACCUUUGCACUGAGGAGCAGCAACUACCCUCGAGACCUGAAGCUUAUCCAAUUCCUACACAAACAUACACUAGAGAAUACUUCACCUUCCCAUCGUCCAAAUCCCAGGACAGAGUGAGUCCUGGUCCAGGGCAGUGGCCAAGCUAUGAUGAAAGGACAUUGAUGCAAGAUCAACACUACAGUGGUACUGAUGUGCAGCGUGGAAGUCGCUCACAAGAGGAACUACACGAGAAACAUUUCUUCCCAGAAAAGGUGAGGCCAGAAGAUCUCCGCAGAGAUAUUGAAUUUCCAAAAGACUUGGAUCGUAAAUCUGACACUUGGGCUAAUCAAGGUUCCUCGAUGGAUUCUAGCACAUCAAGUCAAGAGCAGUUGAACUAUUCCAAACCAUUUCCAUCCAAUGCUAAUGCUCCUCAUAAGAGUGGUCCUGGACGCUGGAAAACUCCAAUUCCUAAUCAAGCUACUCCAGUUGCUGUCUCCCAGCCAAUUAGAGUAGACAGUCAGCUACCACCUCCUCCUCCACCACCACCAGUGCAUUAUGCAGUUGAUUUUGAUGAUACCCAGACUGACCUGCCGCUGCCUCCUCCACCCCCUCCCCCUCCAGUCUCCCAAGUUUCAAUUCACGGUUCGGCUGUUGAUCGUAGGAAGAGAGAUGAACAGCAGCGCUGGUAUGAGAAAGAAAAGGCACGGUUGGAGGAAGAACGGGAAAGGAAACGCCGUGAACAGGAUAGGAAAAUUGGCCAGAUACGUGGCCAACCACCAAUUCAUAUCAGUACAGCCCAACCUGUUCAUGCUGCUCCGGCAAACCAACAUAUAAGACAAGAAAAAACUCUUCCACGAUCUCACGAAACAGUCAUCCGUGAGUUACAACCACAAAAGCAGCCUCGUACAAUUGAACGCAAGGACUUGCAGUACAUUACAAUUAGUAAAGAACAGUUGUCUGGGGGUGACAGCCUUUCACCUGAUCCUUGGAAGCGGGAUGCAAAGGAAAAAAUGGAGAAACAAAAACAGCAACACGUCUUGGAAAUGCUGAGCAAAGAGAUACAGGAACUACAAAACAAAGCUGACCGUACAUCUGAGGAGAACGACCGUCUUCGUAAACUCAUGCUAGAGUGGCAGUUUCAGAAACGCCUCCAGGAGUCCAAAGAGAAAGACGAUGAUGACGAUGAUGAUGAGGAAGAAGAUGACGAUGUGGACACAACACUUAUUAUGCAGAGACUAGAACUGCAAAGACGUGCAAGGUUACAAGAUGAGGAACGCAGGCGUCAUGAGCAGCUUGAAGAUAUUCGGAAGCGAGAAGCAGAGGAGAGAGCAAGGCAAGAUGAUGAGCGUCAUCGUCAAGAAGAGGAUCGAAACAGAAGAGAAACUGCUGAGAAGAGAAGACAGGAAGAGGAGUAUUACACACGAUUGGAGGCUGAGAGGCGUAGACAGCAGGAAGAAGCUGAGAGGAAGUUUCUACAACCUGAUGAACCUGGUCUGUACAGGCCUCCCCUUCCACGGGACUAUGCUUCUGAAACCCAGCAGUAUGAGUUCCCUCUCCCACCCUCUUCAUCUAACGCUCCCCCCCCUCCUCAAAGAAACAUCUCCUCUUUCAUCAAAACACAGAUCGUCUCCCCUGAUGCAGUUUACACUGCCAAGUUUGUCCCAUACAAUGAGGAUGAGGAAGAUGCAAAUCUUUCAGGGCUCAAUACGUACGGAGGAUCUAACACAAAUGUCGUUGGAGCAAAUGAAGUUUACAAAGGCCCAAGAGAGAAACGUCUCGAGCAGAAUAAAGGCAGUCAAGACCCAGAUGCACCAGUGAAAGGAUCUCCAGAAAACUUAACUUUUAAAGAGCGCCAACGUCUGUUCUCACAUGGUCAAGAUAUUUCCAACAAGGUGAAGGCAUCAAGAAGGCUGAUGGAGAUAGAAAAUGAGCUGAACACAAAGUGAAAUUGGAGCCUUAGUAAGUUUUCAAUGCAAAGUCAGUACAAAUUAUGUCAAUGCUACCUUGUAUAGAGUGUUGAAAUCUUUGAUUAUUGAAACUGUAAAAUAGGAUAUGGGAUUUGAAAAUACCAAUGUGGUGGUUAGUUACAUACCAACAACAUAAUUUAGCUAUACAAAUUGAACAUAGUAAAAUGUUUUUUUUAAAAAAAUGCAUAAAGGUAAUGGUCACUCUUAAAAUUUUUAGGGUUCUGUUUUUCUGGAUUACACUAACUGAAUACACUACACCAAGAGAAAAUUUAUGAUGAAGCAAAACUAUAGUAUACACAACUGUUAACUUGUUAUGACUUGGAAGCUUUUACAUGUGUUAAAGGAUUCUUUGGUUGUCCAGCAGCUGGUACCUCAGUUGUUUCAGCUAUGCAUUAGGUGGCUAUUAAGUUGGAAGUAUGCACUUUAUUCCACUUAAUAAAACAGAGAGGGAAAAAAGCUUCUAUGUGCAGUUUUAAUAGAAAUUGUUUCCAACCAAAAUUUCCUCUUAGCUAGAUGUUUUAAACUGGACUUUAAAGUUAUUGACAAUUUUCUGUAAAAUAUUGUGGUCUUUAAUUGUAUUUAGGGUAAUUGCACACUUCUAAAGGUAGAGUAGAUUUCCACUGCCUUAGGAAUGGAAUCACUUUAAUUUGAAAUGUACAAUAAAUCAAAUGUCUAAUGAAGAUUGGAGUGUAAAUAUUUUUUUUACUUGUUGAACCAUUUCUUAUUUGGAACAGAAGCAAUGUGCUAUACAAUUUCAACUGUGCAACAUGAAGCAGUAUAGAAAGUAAAUGGUGUAAACCUCUUUUUCCCCCUCCCUCCUCCACGCCACCCCACCAUGAAGGAAAAAAAAUGGAGCUUGCAAUAUGUGAAGAUUAGCAAACGGUUGGGCGAUUGCCAGACUCCUGAAUACUAGCAGCAGUGCACAGACAGCUGGAACAAGUUAAUAUUUUAUAAACACAUUGCUGUUGUCUUCAUGCCACUGGAUAUUCAGAGCUAAACUGGGAGGAAAACUGUUAUUUUUCAUAAAUGUUUUUCAUGGGCUCUGUUGGGUUUACAGAGUUCUUUGUGUGGUUAUCACUAGAGCGCUGUAAUUUAAAUUGUGUGUUUAUUACUGAGAACAUCUGAACUGCUGUAGUAUCUUAUUUCUACUGUAUUUCACUUGCAACCUAUUUUUAAUAAACUACUUUGUAUGUAUUCAAAAA